AUGGAAGGCAGAGUAAAAAAGCUAAUUGACUGCAUUACCAGCAAUAAAUCUUUCGAAUUGUCCCAAAUCGCUUCUUUUCAGCUUGGGGAGCUCUCAAAAGAUGACUCUGAUCUCGUCUGCGAAGAAGUCUCAAAUUUAUUUUAUCAUGUUAAUUGGGAUGUGAGGAUAGCAGCUGGAUUGGCACUAUCCCAAAUAUUGCAAAAAAUCCAGUGCCUUUGUAUUACUUCUGCCAGCUCGUUUAAAUUAGAAAACCUCAAUUUAUCGUAUGAGGAGCCAGAUCCUUCGAAAAAAAGAAAUUUAGAAUUAAACGGAUUUCAAAAAUUACUUGAAAAAUCUAGAGAAAAAAUGCUGAUUGGGAGCUGAGAUGAGAAACAUGGAGCUUGUAUUGCUAUGAAAGAACUUGUAAAUUCACAUUUUCUAUGCAAAGAAUGUUUACUCCCCUUAUGGGCUAGCAAAACAAUUUAGGACAUUAAUUCAUUCAUGAAAUAUUUUUUAUAAAAAAAAAUUUUUUUUCGUGCUAAUUUUAUUAAAUAUAAGCAAUUUGCAUUCUAGACAUAACAAAAAUUUUUGAAUUAAAUUUUGGAAAAAAUAAAAUAAAAUUUAUUAUAAAUAAAAUUAAACCUCCUCCUAAAGGCAGAAUUCUUUGCUUACUUACAAAGGGGGAAUUAGAAGAUGCUAUAUGUAGGUGUUUAGUCAUCAUCGGAAAAGACCAAGUCGCUGAUUAUGCUGAAGAUUUGCCUGAAUAUCCUUUAAGAGAUUUAGCAAGCGACAUUAUAUCAAUUUCCAAAUCAGCAGUCCGAGAAGAAGCCCUUGAGAACUUUUUAUCACAGUUAAUAGAAGUAACAGAGCCUCAAGGACCUUUAAUAUGUCUAAGAAAAUCCAAGAUUUACACACAAAAAGCUUAUAAAAAUAUAAAAAAUUGGUAAAAAAUAUUCAGCUUGGCACAAUCAGAAGAUAUUGUACUAGAAGCUUGCCAUUAUUUGACAAAAUAUCCUUUAGACCAAGAUCAAGAGCUUGUAGAUAUUUUGUGCAAUAUUAUUAUUGAGUCUGACGACUUGUCAGCAAGCUUAAAAUACGCGAUUCAGGUUGUUGAUAAAUUAUUAAAUUUAGGGUGCAGGAUAUCUUGCGAUAUGGAAAAACUAUAUGUAAAUCUAUAUAAAUUGUCCUUAAUAUCAAGAUAAAUCUGUAUGAUUUUAAUUUUAAUAUAUAAAAAAAAUUAUUUAUUUAUAAUAGCAUAUCAUUUGUUUUUUCAUAAAUUACAAGCGGUAAGGUAUUCCACAUAUUCUGCAUUUUUAGGAAUUAUAAAAACGCAGCAAAUUGAUCAUGAGUCUUUAUUUCGAAUUAUUACUCAAGGGAUUAUUUUAGAAAACAACAAACAAAUAAUCCAAAAAUGUUUCGAAUUAGCCGAUUCUAUAUCACAACAAUACGGAAUUAGCCAAUUUAUUAUAAAAUUUUGGAAUAAUUGGGUUAAUUUUUUAAAAAAUCGAAGAUUUGAGGAUUACUCUUUUAUGCUGAUUUAUGGGCAGCCUGGUGAAUCCCCAAAAGAAGUCUAUAGCUUUGUUGAUUCUGAAAGUACAGAUGAUAUUAAUACAAUACCUUAUUUAGAAGCAAAACAAUUUCGCGGGAUAUGAAAUAUUUGCAAAGCAAUAAAAUAUGUGAGGAGAAAUGAAAAUUUUACGCUGGGGAGGGUAGGUGCGAAUUUUACUUCUAUUGAGAACAUUUUUCAUGUUUUAUCAAGUGAGAAUGCAAAUGAUUAUAAUGAUUUACUUAACGUAAUUACGACAUUUCCAGAGUCAUCUGAUGGAAAAUUAGGAUUUUUAAGGCUUCGUGUGCUAUCUUGCUAUAGAGUAGCAAAGUUAGCAAUUAAAGAAAAAAUCCCUUUACCUGAUAAAAUUACCCCAAUUUUGCAAGUCAUUGUGACUGGCUUUACUAAUGAAUCAGUCCCUUUUUUAAGAUAUAAAAUCGCCAAAACCGCCGCAAGAAUCACCUUAGCCGCAAUUGGUAGAACCUGCAACGAAAAAUUUGUCCAAAAUUUAAUGAAAAUAGACUCACUUCCCCUUAUAAAAGAAUUACAAAUAAUUCAUAAAGAAGCUAUAGUCAACAGAUUUCAAUUCUAUAAAGCUCUGGUAGAGCAGCCUAUAUUGAAUUCCUUACAAAAUUUAAAGAUUUUGACCGUUUAUAUUCAUCAGUCACUAUUUCCAUUAUUUAUCCAAUUAUUUUCUCAAAUCCUUCAAGCAGUUGAUAUAGAGGAAACCAAUGUGAUUAUUGUAAAUAUAGCAAUUCAAAUCGAAGAGUGUCUUAUAAUGUUUAUUACCCAUUUUUUAAGGGAUGCAGAGGAUAAUCAGCUGAAAGAAAAUCUUCUUUUGGUGCUGCAAGAAUUACUGUCCCCAAAAUACUCACAUAAAUUAAUCCCAUAUUCAGCAUGCUUUGUGCUGCCUCUGCUUAAAAAUUUGAAUUCCAGCCUAGGCCAUGCAAUAACUAUACCAAAUCUCCUGAUUUACUUAAAAAUGGAUUUUUUAUAAUUUUUAUAGGAAAAUUUCUUAUAUAUAAGUAUAGGAUUUUUGGAGAAAUUUUAAAUUUGGUGUUAUUAGAUUCCCCUAUAAAUGAAAUUUGUGAGGGCUUACAAAGGUAUAGGGAAGAAGGGCUUCAUUUCUUAGGGCAGCUAAAAGGUAGUUAUGAACUGCCUACUUAUGAACAAAGAGUAAAAGUUAAUGGAAUUUCACUGAGAGAGUACCAAAAAGAAGGAAUUGCAUGGUUAAGAUUUUUAAAUAUUUUUGGGCUAUGUGGGAUGCUUUGUGAUGAAAUGGGUCUUGGAAAAACUAUACAAACCCUCUGUGCAGUUGCAGAAGCUCAUUUAGACUACCAAGAUGCUAUAUCGCUUGUUGUGUGCCCAACAUCUGUGACAGGCCAUUGGAAAGAAGAAGUCCAUAGAUAUUUUGAUAAAAACAUUUUGGAUGCUGAUGAAUUUGAAAAUAAUAAAAAAUUCUCCCAAGGAUUAUUAUACCUUUUUAUAAAAAUAAUUAAUAUAAUAAAUUAUAUAGCUUUAUAUUAAAAUCACCUCAUAUAGGAUAGUGAUUUCCUACAACUCUUUAAAAAAACACAUAGAAACCCUUAAAGAAAUUGAAUUUUUAUAUAUCAUUUUGGAUGAAGGCCAUUUAAUUAGUAACCCAAAUACCCAAACAUAUAAAGCUAUUCUGCAGCUAAAAGGCAAGCACAGAUUAAUCCUUACAGGAACCCCUCUCCAGAACAAAAUCCUAGAGCUUUGGCCUUUUUUUAACUUUUUAAUGCCAGGAUUUUUAGGGACUUCUGCAGAAUUUUCCAAUAAUUAUGAAAAAUAUUUAAAGCCAAAAAAAUCAGAAAAACAAAUCCAGUUCAGAGAUGAGCACGCAGCGCUUAAAAAACUAAAUCUUUUGCAUAAAAAAGUACUACCUUUUAUACUGAGAAGGCUGAAAAAAGAUGUGCUGCAAGACCUCCCUGAGAAAAUAAUACAGGAUUAUUAUGUCAAUUUGACAACUUUACAGGCAUUUUUAUUAUCAAAAAUAAAAGAUGAAAAAAGUAUGAAAAAUGACCCUUUGAAAGAAAUUAUAGACAUAAGGAAAAUUUGUACACUAAAUUAUAAUGAAAUUAAUUAUUUAUUUUAUAUAGAAAUUUCAUAUAAAACGCAUAUUAAUUAUUAAUUACAGAAUAAUCAUCCUAUCCUAAAAGACAGCUCUGCAAACCCUUCCUAUAAAGAAUCUCCAAAACUAACAGCUCUUAAAGAGCUUUUAAUUGACUGCGAAAUCCCUGAAGAAUCAGGUAGCGGCCACAAAGCAUUAAUUUUUUCUCAAAUGAAAAAAAUGCUUGAUCUUGUUGAAAACGAGCUUCUGGCUAAGGAAUUUCCAUUAACUGCUUAUAAAAGACUAGACGGGAAAACCCCACUGCAAAAGCGAGCUGACAUUGUAAACGAGUUCAACCAAAACCCAAAAUUUCGAUUGAUGCUCCUUACUACAGAAACAGGCGGACUAGGCCUAAAUUUACAGUCAGCUGAUGUUGUGAUUUUUAUUGAUCACGAUUGGAACCCAGUGAAAGAUCUGCAAGCUAUGGACAGAGCUCAUAGAAUUGGCCAAAAAAAUGUAGUUAAUGUAUAUAGAUUAAUUACAAAAAAUACAAUUGAAGAAGAAAUACUUGGGCUGCAGGCAUUUAAAUCGAAAAUUGCAGAAACUUUGGUAAAUGUAGAUAAUGCGUCAAUGCAGGCAAUAGAUACGAUAUCUUUAUUAGGAAAUUUAUCUGAGGCAAAGUAA